AUGAGGUUCAAAAAGACCAGUGCGAAGGCUGGGGCAGCAGCAACGGUGGAUGGAAACCAAGCGCUGGACCCUAAGCUGCAGAAGAGGGCGGAACAGGCCCCCGCUUCCUACGAACUAAACAACGACGAUGCAGCAUCGCCAGCAGGUAACAAGCCUGCCGCCGCAGACGCAUCCUCCUCCGCACGGCGUGCAGCAGCAGCGGCAAGUGGCGAUAACAAGGGCGCCGAGCGAGAAGGGGAGGUUGUGGAGGGGUACUCAGAGGCGGACAGAGGUAGUGCCGGGACCGCUGGCGGUCGACCAAUCGCAGAGGGCAGGGUAGCAAGGGAAGAAACGCAAGAGGGAGGAGCGGGGGGUAACACGGAGCCCCCGCUGUCGCCCCCCGGAAGCGGUGAACAACGAGAACGAGUUGCACCUCGAGCGGCGGCGGCGGCGGCGGUGGCGAGGGGGGAGGAGGGUCGAGGCAGAGUUUCGGAAGGGGCGACCUCUGCCGGUGGGGAUGGACGAGGUUCGGCCGCUGCGAUCGCGGGAGACGACCAUGCUGCUACCGCUGCCGCCGGUGGCAGUGACGAAGGGGCCGGCGGAGAUGCUGACGUCAGGACUAGCGGUCCCGUGGACUCGCAGCAAUCGGUCGGAGCAGCGGCGCAGAGUGACGGUCAAGCGAAAGGACAAACCAACACGGCUCCGCCGGCGGCGGCAAUACCGUCCAAGCCCGCAAGGACACUGGCAGACGUGGCCGCAUUUGUGGAGGCAGACAGCAUCGCGGCGGAAAAGGCCUACACCGAUGCUCUCACCGCCACCGCCACCGCAGCACAAAGUCAAGAAUCCAGCUCGCUGCUGUACGACGGGGACUGCGCCGCAGGAGACGAGAGGGUGAUGUCAUGGAGGCAGACCCCCCAUAUGGCGUUUAUUGAGUGCCAGGUGGCCGUGCUGGUGGUGCUCGUGUCGAUGAUCCUGGUCUGCUGGCGGCGGCACGGCAGGAUGAUCUCCGUCCUCUACGCGCCGCCCGCGGACGUGGCCACUCCGUGCCAGGGCGCGUUCACGCAAUGA